UUCGGCCGCGUGUGAGUGAUUUCUAACUCAUCGCAGGUAACAAAGACUUUUUUCGAGCGGCUUUGGAGGAGAAAGAUUGCUGUGACGGUACUUCAAUUGCAAUAAAUCUUCUGGCAAACGUACUGUAACUCGAUUGUGGAUACUGAUUGAUAGAUAUUGGCUUCAUAUCUCUUUUGCGAUUGCUAGAUAGUGGAUUGAAACAUUGUUUACGGUUAGUGGUCAUCUUUACUGUGCUUGUGCUUAUCCCAAGGUAUAUCUUGGGUUGUACUGCCUGGAUUUUCUAAGUGAAGACUUCGUUAUCUAGUGUUCACAACCUGGAUUUUUUAAAUGAAGAUUUCAGAAUCUGAGAUAUUAUUUGUUUAAAACAUUUAUUUAGGCUUUUUCUUUCGUGGAAUUGGAUGUUUCUGAGGUGGUGUUGGAAUAUGGGUGAGAGUAUGGGUUUUUAGUAAUUAUAGAAGUGCAUUUCUUUGGGAAAAGUGUAUUUCAGUGACGAGAAGUAAUAUUUUUAUAGAUUUUCUCUUUUAUUAUUAUUAUUUUUUUUAUUAUCAGAAUUUUCUGUCUGGGUAAAACAACUUUUAAAGAAGACAGGCAAAUUGUGUUAAAUUAUUCACUUAUAAAAUUUAUCACUUAUAAAACUUCUCUAAGAACGGCUGCAUAAUGAAUUGAAAUUUUUUUAAAAGCUUCUUCGGCUAGAAAGAUAACAGAAAUUCAAUUCUUGUCCUUUACUUGUGGAUUAUCCAUGUGUGUGUUUAUCAUCGGAUCAGUUGAUGGCUUAAAUUGAUUAUUCGACAAGAUCCUUGAUUUGCGGAUGUGAUAAGCUAUUUCUGGAUCUUAGUCCUAAAAAGUGAUUUCUCUGUCUUCAUGGGCGAGCAACUGUUGAUCAAAAACAUCCCAACAUGGGAGAGUGACAGUGGCAGCAAUUCGAGCUUGAAGAGGUAGUUUUUUUAAAUAUUUUUUUUAUCUUCUCUCGUUUGAGGAUUUUUGUUCUAAGCAACGAUUCUGUAACCGAUUUUCCCAGGAGUGUGUGAAAGAAAAUAAAAGAAAGCGUUCCCGAAGGCACGUCUCCGCGGUAAAACACCGCUGAAGCGAAAAAAGUUGAGACCUGAUACUGAAAGUAUGUGAGGAUAUUUGGAGAAUUUUUUAGAUCUUCCAUUUCAGUGGAUUUUGGAUGGGGGGAGGGGCAUACAAAUGAUUUUUUGUGACGUCAUAAGGUAGGAAGUUGGUUCGGGAAAGGCAAGAUGAAAGUGACAGUGAACUUUGGAUCUGUGCGCGUCAUAGUGCCAUGUGGAAAGGGAGACCUGCCUGUGAGGAAGCUCAUGGAUCUAGCAAUUACACGAUAUAAGAAAGCUACAGGAAAGUCAGUGGAUUCAUGGGUAACGAUUCACAAUCUGAAACUUCUGAGCGAUGGAGGAAUUCUGGAUCCUGAUGAUAAAUUAAGUGAUGUUGCGGAUGAUAGAGAACAGAUCACGGCAGUUUUUGAUGAAGAAAUAUCAUCAUAUCUGAUGCACAAUGGAGGUGAUGGAACUAGUGCCAGUUCAGUUGGAACUGAAAGUCCGGACAUCUUCCAAAACGGAGACUUGAUAUCAAUUCCGCUAAGCAAAUCUUCCUACGAUGGAUCUGAUGUAGAAAUUAAAGACGAAAAAUUAACUUCAGGUCUCCUUCCCCUUCAUGUCCGAAGAGGCAGCGAACCUGCAUUAAACCGCCUUUCUCCGUCUUUGUUGCCUACAAUCGAUAACUGCAAGAGAUGGUCUGCCGCUGUGUUAGCAAUUGAUGAAUCCUAUAAACGUCUCAAUAGCGAAGGAGAAGAACAAUCGGAAGAUGAACUUCCUCCAGGAGAAAGAGAGGAUGGAAGUGGAGAAGAAAAAUCAUUGUCGUACCAACAAUAUUUGGAUUCUUGGAAUCAUGAGAUUUUCUACAGAAGUGAUCAAAGGAAAGAGCCUCUUGGUGGACCUAUAACUUCUCCAAAGCACAGCACAGACGAAGCAGAAGACAGCGAUUGUUCGCACUCCUCCAACUCCAAAGUGGAAGUGAUGAAAUUAAAAAAUGAGGAUGGACCUUUAGGCAUUCGCAUAGUUCCUGCUGAUGAGAGCCCUGAAAGGAACAAUGGUGUGAUAAUUCAAGGUAUUGAACCUGGUGGAAGAAUAGAUCGAGAUGGGCGUUUUGCUGUAGGAGAUCGAAUAACUGAAAUCAAUGGCUUGAAACUCAGUAAAGAUUCUUAUAGAAAUGCUCAUGAGAUAUUGAAAGAUGCAAUGAAAGCUCCUGAAUUGAGCAUUCAUUGUAUAAAAAAGGACUCGCUGUCGCGGAAAAACGGCACAAAUAAAUUACCUCCAGCUGUACUGCCAAAACCUCUCAUUCCAUUACCUACAGACGAUAAUAAAAGUGAUAAAAAUACAGAAAAAAGUGAAAAAGCAAAAAAUACAUGUAAUUCUUCAACUCUUCCCUUAACAACACCUAUAAAGAGACUUCUUGCCAAUGCCAUGAAUAAAGGUACUCCGGUUCAUUCAAGUAUUAGGAAAAUUGGCAGGCGUAUUUUAGUUCACUUAACUAAAGGUCCUGAGGGUCUGGGUUUCAGCAUUACUUCUAAAGAUCCUAAUAAUGGACCACCCUUUUUCAUAAAGAAUAUUCUUCCUGCUGGUGCAGCAGUAGAUGAUGGAAGGCUGAAGACAGGAGAUAAACUUCUUGAGGUUAAUAAGGUUGAUGUCUCUAACUUAACACAACCAGAAGUUCUGAGUAUUCUUAGAAAAGUUCCCUUUGGUGAAAUGGUAGAACUUGUCAUUUCAAGACAGGAAACUGAUCUGUCACCUAGUCCAAGUUUACCAAGGCAGCUGCCUGCAGAAAAAUGCGAAGAUGAAGUAGGUGUUGUUCCCUGGAAGAGAAGGGAUAUUUUCACUUUUGAAGUAGCUUUGAAUGACACUGGCUCUGCUGGUCUUGGAGUGAGUGUGAAAGGUAAAACUUCAAACACAGAAAAAGGUCCACUGGAUAUGGGAAUAUUCUUGAAAAAUAUUUUUCAUGGUGGUGCAGCUCAUAAAGAUGGACGAUUGUGUGUAAAUGAUCAGUUACUUAGUGUGAAUGGCAUUUCACUAUUAGGAAUGACUAAUGGACAGGCAAUGGAAACAUUGCGAAGGGCUAUGAUUCAAGGUGAAGGUCCCAAUGUAGCAUCAAAUGCAAUAAUUUUAACUGUUGCUCGACGUAUGUCUUCACCAAGUUUAGAUCAUCCAUCUGAUCAAGGAGAGGGAUCUGGACAUGAUAGAAGUGAUUCUCUACUAAGUGAAAGUGGUGACUCUUUUUAUGUUUCAAAUGAAAAUUUGUCAUUUUCUAAUAAAUGUAAUGGUGUAACACCAGAUACUUCAACUAGUGAUAAUUCUGCUAAUACAGUUAUAUUCACUGCAUCAGUUCAUAAAGACAAAGACAGCAUUAUUGAUGAAGAACAAGACAGUGAUAAACCAUCUGCGACACAAGUCUCGGAGGUUCCCGUAACAGAGCUUAUUAAUGUACACAACAGUGAAACUUGUGAUUUAGAUGUAAAUAAUAAACAUAUUCAGCACAGCACAGAGAUAAAUAGUGAUACUACUCAACAAAGAAAUACAUCAGAUUUAAUAGAUUUGAAUGAAAAUUCAUUUGUGUCAAAUUAUGAUCACAUGGAACAGCACAAAGGAAGUGGAUCACUUCGUAAUCAUAAUAAAACUUUUUCAAAUUUGACUGAAAUGGAUCUUUAUCAGUCAGACACUACAGAACAGGACAAAAUACCAGAUGUCAGUAACUGUGAUAAACCAUCAUCUUUCAGAGAACAGACAAAAAGAAAAAGGUAUCCACAGGAUGGAAGUAAUAAUUUUAAGAGAAGUGGUUUGGGUAGGCAAAGUAUGCCUGAGAAAAAAUUUCUCUGGGCAUACCACAGAAACCAGUGUUCACCAAGUGAAAACAUGAUGCAAACUAGAGCAGAUAUUCAUGCUCCUCAUGACUCACAUCAGAUAUAUCCUUGUCAACAUUAUUCAGAAAAUUUAGGCGUAAGAGAAAUGCCAGUGGAUGUUGGUCCUAUAGAAAUGGCUUCUAUGACAAUGACAGAAAGGAAACAUCACAGGAUCAGAGUUGCCAACAAUGAUUUGCCAAUGGAAAGAACUCAACGAACUCCUAUCUUCUAUCCAACAUGUUGUUGGUGUAGUAAUUCACCUGAUUGUCCCUAUCAUGCUGUACCAACUACAACUGGGAGGGAAAGUGGUAGCAGUGAUGAAAUAUGUGAGCAAGUGGGUCCAUCUUUGGGAUUAUUCAAAUCGAGUAGUCUUGAAAGUCUUCAAACUAUGUUGCAAGAAAAACAGAAACAGAGUUUACUGUUGCCUGGGUCAAAUGUAAAUACAAGUAGAGGCUGUAAUGAAAGUUUUAGAGCUGCUGUUGACAAGUCAUUUGAAGUUGCUGAUCAAAAUGAAAAUUCAGUUGUAAAUGGAAAUGAUCAACAGCAAAUUUCAACUAUAAAACGUCAUACACGUGCCAAAACUGUUGACAACAUUGAUAAGAAAGAUUCCAAGCAACAUAAAAAAAAAGGAUUGUUUAGAGGGCUAGGAUCUGUUUUCAGGUUUGGGAAAUCAAACAAAAAGACUAAUAAAGAUUCAAGUUCUAAUAAGCAAUCUGAACCUACAAAUAUGCCAAGCCACAAUGCUGUUCAAGCUGAACAGGAAAGAGUUCAGCAACAUUAUCAAGAACAGGCAGAACAACAAUUAAAAGACAAUCAGCUUUACAAUCAUUCUGUAAAUAGGCAUGCACAAAGACUCUCAUUUACAUUUCCUAGGAAUAGAAACGUUUCUCAAAUUCCUAAUCAAAAUGGUGCUAUAAUUCCUUUCCAAAGUCGUGAAGAAAGAAUGUAUGCCUUAAGAAAUGAGCAUCAAAAGAAACAUAAAUUAAGGAAUGGGUAUUAUCCUAAAGAAGAUCAAGAAGAAAUUUAUGAGCAAAGGUUAAAAGAACUAGUAGAUACAUCAAUGAUAAAUCGCCCAUUACCUCCAUUACCUGAUCAACAAAUAAACUCGGACAGAGCUUCACAGAUUAACAGUAUAGAAUUGACACCCAAAACAAAAAAUUUGGAAAUAUUUAAAGAAAUGUCAAAGCCCGGAAGCAGAAAAGGAUUUGCAGACCCUAACCGAUAUAGUCAUUAUAUGAACUUUCAAGAAAUACAACAACACUUACAACAGUUCCGUCAUCACCAGAACUUAUUUUUACAUGAUGGUGCAAAUGAAGCACAAGCAAAUUAUUCUGUGUUCCUUCAAGAAUCCAAGUAUGCAGUUAGUCCAAAUAAAAGACAUUACAGGCAUACUGUUAGCUCUCCUAGGUCAAGGCCAAUUUCAGAACUGUAUGAUUUUAGCAAUAGUAAUAUGGCUAAUAAUUCUCUUAGAGGAAUGUCAGAAUCUGGUUCAUUACCUAGGAAAAUGUUUUAUAAUAGUCGACAACGGCCACCCAUACCAGCUGCGUUCAUGGCACAACAUAUAAAUGAAGGCAACUAUGUUAUGAAUGGACAUUCAUCUAAUAUUUACAGCCAGUCUUCAAGAAAUUCUGGUUCUAAAGUGUGAUAUGUUUUAUAUUAAUAAUAUUUAGUGAAAUUUCCCACCAGAUCUACAAAGUAAAAUGAACUAAGAAAGUUUGUAAAUUUCAUUAAUGCAAUUUAAAUACUUUUAUAUUGGUGCCAUUCUGUGAAUAUUUAUAAAAUAUUCACAGAAUAAUUAAAAUGAUGAUUCAAUCAACUUUUGUUCAAUUAUUAAAAAAAAUGGCUCUUAAUGUAGAUGUUAACUACAUGGUUCUUGUUUCUUCAUUAGGUUAAAUAAUAAAACUAAUUUUAUUAUUCAUUUAUUUGUAUAAAUGAUAUAUAAUAUCAAUUAGAAUUUUUCAUUAACUUAAAAAAAGUUUUUAUUUUUUCAGUUACUAAGCAAUUAGUCUUUGCUAUGUAAAAAUUGAGGAUACUUAUAAAAUAUAAAGUACAUUGUGGUUUUUUUUCUCUCAAGAAUUAAUAGUAAUUAUACUACGGUUUCAAAUACUCAAUUUGCUUGUGUAGUUAUUAUAUAAUUACUCAAUAUGAAUUCCUCGAGUACAGUAACAAAGUUCAUCAAAAUGAGUGCAAUGCCAAGAAAAUAUUUGAUAGGUGUAAUUUAUCAUUCAUUGCAUUUUUCAUUAGUAUCUGUAUGAUUUGAUAACUAAGCAGUGUAUAUUUUUCUAUUUAUGUAAAUAUUUAUAUGAAUAUGUCCAAUAAAUUUGA